CAACAAGAAGUUCAACCCAAAAGAAAUAGUUAUAAAAACUUUACCCUCACCAUCUCCAUUUUCAUUCCACACACACACACACACACACACAUAUAUAUAUAUACAAUUAUACAUACAUAUGCAAUCUCUCUCUCUCACUCACACACACACAAACAAACUCACUUUCGCUACAUAACAACAACACGGUGAUCAAUUAGACGAAAUAGUUUUGUGAGGUUGUAACUACGUUUAGGAUUUUCUAUAAUGGCUUCUAGAGCUUUAUUGAGAAGGAGGCGGCUUUUCACUGAUUACAUACAUACUCCUGGUCGUUCGAUCCAAAGUCUGAGUCAUGGGUUCUCCACUGCGUGCUCAGAUUCCCGUGAUUCGACCCCUAGUCUUGAUAACACUUUUAAAGACUCGGGGAGAACGAAAUCUGUUGAUGCCAGUCAUGCAACCAUUAAAAGGCAUGAGGAUGUUAAAACCUUAUCUGCACUGGGGUUAUUUAGAAUGCAAAAGUGUUAUGGAAUUACAGGACAUGGAACAAUGGGACGUAUGUUGCCAAUGAGGGUUAAUACGAUAUCGCAAUCUUUAAAUUUUGCUACAGUAGCGACGGCACCUAAACCACAGUUAGGUGGCGAUGAGGAGGAUAAAGAACAAGUUGCUAAAAAGAGGAAGGAAGCUUCUCCAGAGGAGUGUGAUCAAGCUGUUGAAGGCUUGACCAGUGCAAAGGCCAAAGCCAAAGCAAAACAGGUUGAAUCUCAGAAGACUGGAAUUGUUAAAUCUAUUUUGAAAAAAACUUGGGCAAUGCUAUUGGGAAUUGGUCCAGCUCUAAAAAUGGUGGCUUCUAUGAGCAGGAAAGAUUGGGCUAACAAACUUGUUCAUUGGAAAAAUGAGUUCGUUGAUACCUUGAAGCAUUAUUGGCUGGGUAUCAAGCUCCUUGGUGUUGACGUGAAGAUCAGUUCCAGGUUGCUUCUUAAGCUUGCUGGUGGGAAGAGUCUCUCAAGGAGAGAGAGACAACAACUGACACGAACCACUGCAGAUAUCUUUCGGCUAGUUCCUGUUGCUGUUUUCAUUAUAGUCCCCUUCAUGGAAUUUUUGCUGCCUGUAUUCUUGAAACUAUUCCCCAAUAUGUUACCUUCUACCUUUCAGGACAAGAUGAAAGAGCAGGAAGCAUUGAAAAGGAAGCUAAAUGCAAGAAUAGAGUAUGCGAAGUUUCUUCAGGAUACAGUUAAAGAGAUGGCCAAAGAGGUCCAAAAUACUAGGAGUGGAGAAAUAAAGAAAACAGCAGAAGAUCUUGAUGACUUCUUGAGCAAGGUCAGAACAGGUGGUUUAGUUGCUAAUGAUGAAAUUUUGGGAUUUGCUAAGUUGUUCAAUGACGAACUUACCCUCGAUAAUAUCAGCAGGCCUCGGUUGGUGAACAUGUGCAAGUAUAUGGGAAUCCAACCUUAUGGAACUGACACAUACUUGAGAUACAUGCUGCGCAAAAGAUUGCAAUGGAUUAAGAAUGAUGAUAAAAUGAUUCAAGCAGAGGGUGGCGUGGAUGCCCUUUCUGAAGAAGAACUUCGUGAAGAUUGCAGAGAGCGAGGCAUGCUUGGAUUACGCUCAGUGGAGGAAAUGCGUCAGCAGCUCCGUGAUUGGUUGGAUUUGUCUCUUAAUCACUCUGUCCCAUCUUCACUCUUAAUUCUGUCCAGAGCAUUCACCGUGUCUGGAAAGUUAAAGCCCGAGGAAGUUGUAAGGGCCACAUUGUCUUCGUUGCCAGACGAAGUUGUCGACACUGUUGGUGUUACCGCCUUGUCAUCCGAGGAUUCUGUAUCUGAGAGGAGGCGAAAGUUGGAGUUCCUUGAAAUGCAAGAGGAACUCAUCAAGGAGGAAGAAGAGGACAAGGAAGAGGAAGCUAAAAUGAAGCAGUCCACUGGUAGCAAUGAUGUUGCAUUAGAAGAGAUGGUUAGUGCGACAGCUUCAGAAGUGCAAGAACAAGCUAGAGCAAGAGCACUAGAUAAGCAAGAGCAGCUUUGUAAAGUCAGUGAAGCUUUGGCUGUUCUAGCUUCUGCCUCUUCUGUGAGUAGGGAGCGUGAAGAGUUUUUGAGGCUUGUCAACAAGGAGAUAAAUUUGUAUCAUAGCAUGGUGGACAAAGAAGGUACUGAUGGUGCACAAGAUAUCAGGAAGGCAUAUAGAGCUGCCCAUGAAGAACCUGCUGAUGAACAUGUAGCUGAUGAGGUCUCUUCAGCACUUAUAAAUAGGGUCGAUGCUAUGCUACAAAAACUUGAGAAAGAAAUCGAUGAUGUAGAUGCAAAGAUUGGCGAUCGUUGGCGAGUACUUGAUAGAGAUUAUGAUGGAAAAGUUACUCCUGAGGAAGUUGCAUCCGCAGCCAUUUACUUGAAAGAUACCUUGGGCAAGGAAGGUGUACAAGAGCUUAUCAGCAACCUUUCAAAAGACAAGGAGGGGAAGAUUCUUGUGGAAGACAUAGUGAAGUUGGGGAGUCGAGUAGAAGAUGCCGAUUCAAUUUAAGCUAAGCAAAACCUGGUGGGUCUGGUGGGGUGGUAGUGUUCCGUUAUUAGUUGGAACCAACAUACGUCAUUUUUGAAUUUUUGCUUAUUGUAGAGCCCAAAGUCGAGUAUAUGCUUAUCCACCCACUUUGUAGGCCUUUAAGUUUAACCAUGGCAAUUCUUAUCGGUCAUGCGUUGCGAGCGACCAAUUUUUGUCGUAGUACUGUAAAAAGUAGUGCUAAGAAGCAAAACCUGAACUAAUAUGUACACUGGAACCAAGUGUCUUUAUAUAGCUCGUGCUUGACAUAUAAUAAUCGUUGCUUAAAAUCAA